AUGGAGUUUUCAGAACUUGCUGUUGACUUUGGUUUUGUGGUUCAGAUGGGGAAGUUGAAAAGACGCAUUCAACCUAGGGACAUUACUAUAAAUAUUGGAAAGGAUGCCCCAAUUCCCGAAUGCCCUAUUCCUGGUGAAAGAUGGAAAGAAAUAAGGCACGACAACAUAGUUACAUGGCUUGCUUUUUGGAAUGAUCCAAUCAUCCCAAAGGAAUUCAAAUAUGUGUUCUUGGCAGCUAGCAGUUCUUUGAAAGGGCAAAGUGACAAGGAGAAAUAUGAGAAAUCAAGGAUGUUGAAGGACUACAUACAAGGCAUCAGAGCAGCUUAUACUAAAGAUUUUACCAGUAAGGAUAUCACAAGACGGCAAAUAGCAGUUACCACCUAUCAUAUUGAUAAACUAGCUCUCAGGGCAGGCAAUGACAAGGAUGAUGAUGAAGUUGAUACCGUUGGUUGCUGCACAUUGAAAGUAGAAAAUGUAGAACCAAUGCCUCCAAAUAUUCUGAAGUUUGACUUCCUUGGUAAAGAUUCAAUUAGAUACCAAAAUGAGGUUGAAGUUGAACUUCCUGUGUUCAAGGCAAUUCAGCAGUUCCGAACUGGAAAAAGUGGCGGCUAUGAUCUUUUUGAUAAGCUGGAUACCAAUAAACUGAAUGCUCAUCUGAAGGAACUCAUGCCUGGUCUCACAGCAAAGGUUUUCCGUACAUAUAAUGCAUCUAUAACUUUGGAUGAGAUGGUAAGAGGCAAACUGGGAUUUUUCACACCUUGAAGUUAGUAUUUUUCCUGUGAAUAUGAAUUUACUAUGUUAACCAAACUUUUGGUACACAUGGGAGUGUUUGUGUUGGUGUUUGGAUUGUCUGACCAUCAACUUUUGGUACACAUGGGAAUAUGGGACCCGGCCAAAUAGUUGUACCGGUGCUUAUUUGAAAGGUGGUACUACGGUGAAGUAAU